AUGGGAAGGGAAACAAGUUCUUAUUUUAUCGGCAAAACCCUUGGCUUCUGCCUUGUGGCCCCUAAAACCCCACCCUCUGCACAGAUUUCCUCUGCAUCUCCACUUCCAAGCUUCACACACGCAACAAUGGCAGCUUUCAAGCACCUCUUCUCUAAAACCCGACGCCACUACUUUUGCAAAACGCCACCACCUUACCACCUCUCUUCCCUCCUCUUCCGCCGUCUCUUCUCCGCCGAACCCGAUGCAGAUGGCAAUUCCAACUUCCGUAAACCCCUCCCCAUCCAACCCGUUUCCUACCCAACUAGGACCCAAUCCCCUCCAUCCCAAGAAAACCGUUUUCAAUCCCAAUACGAAUCACCACCUGAACAAACCACACCUCAAGCCGAUCAGGGAACCCGGACGUGGACCCGGGAUGAAAUGCGGUACAUCAAGGAUGUACCGUUGAUUUCCCCAGUUUCUUACCCAUCCCUGGUUGCCCCGCUACCUGAGGACCGCGUGAAAGUAGAGGAGGAGGGUAGUAAAAAUGAGAGUGACGAGUUGGAGAGGGAGAGAAGGAGGAUUGACGACGAAAAACGGAACGUGAUGAUGGGGAGGAGGCGGGUAUUGGGUGAGGAACAGGAGGACGAUAAUGUGGCAUUCCCGACCCUGAUUAAGGUGGAGAAUGAUGAUAAGAAUAGUAAGAAGAAGCGCAAGGUGAUUUAUGAUCUAAAGGAGGCUAUUCGGUCCAUUAAGGGUGAUAAGAGUAGAAAUUUUGAUGAAACUUUGGAAGCACAUGUAAAAAUGACCCCUGAAUUACGACGAACUGAUCUGAAACUCAAUGGUUUUGUUCGUCUCCCGCAUGGGUUUGGAAAGACAUAUCGGGUGGCUGUCUUUGCUGAAGGAGCUGCUGCAGAUGAGGCCCGAGAUGCUGGAGCUGAUAUUGUUGGCGGCCCAGAGCUUGUGGAGAAUAUUAGGAGUGGUGAAAUCAAGAUAAAUUUUGACAAAUGUAUUGCUACCCCUUCCAUGAUGGAACACGUGAAAAAGUUAUCAAAAAAUCUGAAGCAAUUAAUGCCAGAUGCUAAGAAAGGUACUGUGACCAACGGCAUAACUAAGACAGUUAAAGAUGCGAAAGCACAGAGUAUAGUUUUUAAGAAAGACAAAACUGCAAUUGUGCAUGUAGGAAUAGGGAAGGUUAGUUAUUCGGAGGAAGCUUUACGAGAAAAUGUAGGCGCUUUUGUGAAUGCUCUCUUGCUUGCAAAACCUGCUGGUUUAAAGAAAAGUUCCAAGUAUGCUGGAUAUGUCGACUCCUUCCAUAUUUGCAGCACGAUGGGUCGAUCAUUCCCUAUUUCUAUACAAUCGUUAUCAAUUGCUGCAGACCGCUUCAACAGAUUACAGGUGCAAUAA